UGUCGCGUUCGUGUGCGCGCACUGAGAAAAGCGGAACGCCAGCGUUGCACUAACCGUUGCAGUUUCUAUAUUCCUCGAGUCGCCCGAUUUCAGAGCUGUUCGUCCCGCUCGUGAAGUGCGUGUGUUUUAACCAAAACAACUACCAACCCAAUCGCGUACAAGAUACCAAACCAAUACAACCGAGAACCUCGAAAGGAAAACCCUUGCUGAGAAGGGCAUUUUGCAUUUUGUUUACCUCGAUGGCUGUGUGGAGUGCAAUUUGACGAUUAUAUAAUAUAAAACAAAAUACGAAAUACGAAAAAAUAGGGAAAACAAAUAAAAGUGCGCGGCAUUCGAUUUUAAUUGCAAUCAACUACAAUAACCACUGAAGACGAAGAAUCUUUUGCAGUAAUAUGUUGCCUUUAAAUCAAUUGGGAAACCAACAACCAAAGUUAACGCAACGUUUCUAAAACUUAAAGUCUAAACACCAGAUAAUAGUUACAAAAUACACAAUAAUAUUAAAACCAAACCAAAAGUGGCCUGCAAAACGAAGCAACCAAAACAACCAAGAAAUGUGAUUCACAGUGUGCAAUGUAACCAAAUUAUAAUUAAAAAGCUACAUAAAACGAUAACACCAACCAAAGCAGGAGAAAAGCCGUGGAAAAUCAGCGGGAAAACCAAAGCCAGACCAAAUGGAAAUCAAGGAAUCCGGCAGCCAAUCGAACAGCCAACUAGCAGCCAUCGUGGCCAAUGAUUAAGGGAACACUUUGUUAGCCAACUCGUAGUAGCAGCAUCCCCCGUCCACACAUAACACCCAGUAACACAGCCACUCAGCCGCACAGAACCACUCGACCUCCCCUCGCAUCUCGAUGCCCGCAAAGAAGGCGUUGGAGCAACAAUUAUAGAAUAGACAGCCAGGCAACCAGGCAACCAGACAACCACAUCAGCUUAGUUUAGCUCAGCUCAGCCCCAACUGCAAUCCAACUCCAAUCACCAAUUCAAACUCCAACUCCAACUCAAUCUCAAUCCCGAGGCAAAAGCCCCAACAUGGACAUCAAGAUUGAGCAGCAGCAGCAGCAACAGCAAGUGGAGCUGGGACCCUGUUCCCCCUCGGAGGUGCCCAAUGAUCCCGGAAAAAUGUUCAUUGGCGGCCUCAGUUGGCAGACAAGUCCAGAGAGCUUACGCGAUUACUUCGGACGUUACGGUGAUAUCUCAGAGGCUAUGGUCAUGAAGGAUCCCACGACGCGCAGAUCCAGAGGCUUCGGCUUUGUCACAUUCAGCGAUCCAAAUAGCGUAGAUAAGGUACUCACCCAAGGCACACACGAGCUGGAUGGCAAAAAGGUCGAUCCGAAAGUGGCUUUUCCGCGCCGUGCACAUCCCAAGAUGGUGACGAGAACGAAGAAAAUCUUUGUGGGCGGCCUCUCGGCGCCCACCACACUGGAGGAUGUCAAAAGUUACUUCGAACAGUUUGGUCCGAUCGAGGAUGCAAUGUUGAUGUUCGAUAAGCAGACCAAUCGGCACAGAGGUUUUGGCUUCGUUACAUUUCAAAGCGAAGAUGUGGUAGACAAAGUUUGCGAAAUUCAUUUCCACGAGAUAAACAACAAAAUGGUCGAGUGCAAGAAGGCGCAGCCGAAGGAGGUGAUGCUGCCGGCCAAUCUGGCCAAGACGCGGGCUGCCGGGCGUUCCGCAUACGAUAACAUCAUGUGGGGACUGGGGACAUUGCCCGAAGGUUUUCCGGCAGCUGCCUACGCUGCCUAUGCCGCUGGCCGCGGAUACUCGGGCUAUCCCAGUUUCGGACUGCCCUAUCCAACUGUUGAUCUAACCAAUGGGCAGCUGACACCCAACAACAAUACACCGCUGCUGACCCAGGCGCUGUCAGUGAUGAACAACUAUCAGGCGGCUGCUGCGGCUGCCCACAGCUAUGGACCGUCGGCAUCGCCGCAUGCCGCCGCCGCCAACACGGCCACCCGGCAGGGAUUCCCCUCCACCAACUCACCUGGCCCCACCAUCGACAUGUACAGCUCGGCGGCCGCCGACAAUGUGGGCUACGUGCAGGCCACCAGUCCGCAGCCGUCCGGCUUCCCCAUCGCCGUCAGCCGCGCCCCGUUGAACUACAGCCCGGGACCACUAAUUCCUGCGGCAUUUACAAAUGGAUACCAUUAAAAGGUGGCGCCGACAACCGCAAUGACAACAGCAACAACAACAACAGCAGCAACAGCAGCAACAGCAACAACAGCAACAGGAGCAACAAAUGCAACAGCAACUUUAGCAACAAAUGACAGACACACACAAACACACACUCAGACACAGACACACACACACACAUACACACACUGCAGUGCUGCAACCACAGAGCGCAAAAAGAAGUAAUUUAAAGUUAUAUAUACCUGCAUAUAUAUAAAUAUAAAUCAAAUAAAGUACAUAUUACAUAUUUGUGUAUUUCCACAUGCAAGAAAAACCGAGAGAACUGCAAGAGCAACAAACAAUAAACCAAACACACAUAUUAUAAUUAAUUAAUUAACGUAUAUUACAAAUACGUAUAUACAUACAUAUAACGCAUGGGAAAAAAGUAAAAAAAAAACGCAAGUGAUGAGGACGAACUACGAGCGAACACAAACAACAAAAAUUAAUUUUAAUUUAACAACUACUACAACAACAACAUCGGCAAGAACAACGCUCGGCCCCGAAAGAUGCAACGUGUGCAGCAAAAAUCGUUUAAAAUGCAAAUUAAACGGAAACUGUGCGUCCAACUGGAGUGGAGUGCCAUCGCGGUGGGCGGCCGUGGCGGUGGGUGGGCGUGGCCCUGCUCGCACAGCAAAAAAAGGACUCCACCCCCCUCGAGCCAACAAACGCCACACGCCCACGCCCACCGCCCACAGAUGACAACCAGGCCAAAAGGGGCGUAACCACUUUUAAGUAAUGAGAAACCAACAAACAAAAAAGCAAAAACCAAAAAAAAAGAAAUCACAAAAAAAGUACGACGGGGGUUACUAAUAAAACGAUAGAGUUGAAAAACAGGAGGAAGCAAAAAUGUUGCAAUAAUAGCGAAAAUGUUAUUAUUUGAUUGCGUAUUAUUAAAGGCAAAUUAUUAUUACCAUUAUUAUUGCUAUUCUUAACGUAUCUAAGUUGUAACUUUUAAAGUUAAAGCCGAUAAAUAUAUAUAUAUGUAUACUUAUAUAUAUACAAGAAUAUACACUCUUAUACACAUAAAGUAAACUGCAAUAUAUACAAAGGGAAUUACUUGAAUCAAAAAACGCGAAACCAACCACAAGUUAUUGUACUUUCAACGAUAAUCGACUUAAGAUGAGAGAUAACUGAGGUGUAGGAGUUUGCAAAAUGUUAAGAAUCGGUUGGGUUUAGUUCUGAUUUCUCGACUGGGUUGGGUUGGGGGUGAAUCAAAUCAAAAUUGUGCUUACAAUUAUAUUUAUGAAUUUAUUUUAAAGUACAACAAAUCCUUUAUUGGCCAAAGUAAACAACAAAGAAACAAAAGCGAAUGUGAGCAAAAGUCGAAGGCAAUUUGUUAUUAACUAUGUUGAAGUUCUCUUUCUCAUUAUUUCAAUCGAGUCAGGGGAAAGUAGAGGAAAAACCUAUAACUUUUGUGUUCACAUUGAAAGCAAAGUGGUAAAUAAUGCUAAUUAAUCAGUGGAUAGUUAGACAAAUAUGUUAAAGCAUUAAAUAUGACAAUGAAAGCGAAGUGAGAGAGUGAAAUUCCGUAGCUCGAGGCAUAAAUCAAUUUAUUUGCUACACCACAAUGGAGUAUCCAAAACAAUGAAAACGCAAAAAGCAACACCCUAAAUAUGUAAGAAACACAAUUUUUGAGAUACAUGAUGCAAGAUACAAAAUACACGACAAACACACACACACCCAAACCCAAUACACAAUACACGAACAUAAAACAGAUCUUACGGAUAAAUCAAAAAGAAACACUUAAACAAAUUACUUGGUAAGAGCAUACGCAAAUAUAACAAUGAACUAUUAUACAUACAACAUAUAGUACGAUUAAGUAAAUAAAAUAUUUAUAAAACAAACGCGCAAAAUUGCAAAUGUUUGAACACUUAACUAAAUAUAUCUGUAAACAAGCGUGUAAAAAGGAUCACAGAUGCGCCACAAAAACGCUAGUGGAAAAUUGGAAAUGAAAACCAUGAUGAAAAUGAAAAUGUCAAUGACGAUGAUGAUGGUGAUGAUGAUGGUAAUGAUGAUGAUAAUGAAGAUGAUGAAUGCAGGCCACGCAAUGUGCAAUUAAUUUUUUUCUAGUCGCUCCGUCCGGCUAAAUCGCCCGGACGAUGGAUGUACUAGACAUAUUUGAGGAUUAUGACGAUAACGACGACGAUGCAAUCGGGGGCGUAAUAGAAAAAUAUAUUUAUAUACAACUAUAUGGAGUAUUAAAUUAUUGGAAAAGCAAACCAAACAAAACCUAUCAGCUAGAUAAGUAAACAACAUUUGUUACACACAGCAAGUGGGGGAUAAUUGCGAACAACAAAAAGAGUCAGAAAACCAAAAUAGCAGAGAGAAGAAAAUAUUCUAUAAUUGACAGAACAACAAUACGUUGCGCUUUUUGUCUGUCUGAGAUUUUUUGCAUUAGGCGACGUAAAACCCAGAGGAAAAAAACACACACAACUGAAACAAAAGCCAAGAGACAGCAAACAGUGGAAAGCCAGUGAAACAAGAAACAAAAGCAAAUGCCGAAACAGUGAAAAUGUUCCUUUCAUAACUUUUUUGCCAAAUUGUCAAACCAACGCUCUCCAGGACUUUUGUCGAGUCUCGGACCAACAAACUUACACAUUACCUAUAUACGAGUAGUAGAUGGAAUCGCGGUAACCGAAACCAGAAAACAAAAAUCAGUAACCAGAAACCGAAUCCGAACAGAAUCCGAACCUAUGCGAUAAUUAGAGAGGGACAAGCAAUAGUUGCAGUGUAUAAAAAACUACAUUAAACGUUUAAAGUGUUGACUACACCCCCCACGCCGAUCAUUUCAGAUUUUCCAAAGAUCGCGGUUUGCGACUUUGCCAUGUGCAUCACACUUAUAAAUAAUCAAAAACUAAAAAACUAAACAAGAGGUAACAAAUUAAGAGGAAGCUAAGGAAGCUAAGGACGGAAAUCUUCAAUUUUAGAUAGACAAAGAUCAGACCACUCGACGGUCUGGCAUAUCGGGACUUUGGACAGAAGACGAGGACCUACGAGACGAGGAUUACUUUAGCAGGUCACAGGUCAUUGGAGGCGAAUUCCAAAUGCAGCUUCUAUCCUGCGGGGCAGAUAUUUUUAAACGGGGGAGGCUGGCGGAGGGCAGCGAUGGCAAACAUGUUAUAUUUGCAUAAUAUAUAUAUAUAUAUUAAACCUACUUCUAAGGCAUAUAUAAAUAUAUAAAUAAAUAUAUUUUUAAGACAUGUUCUAAAAGCAAUAAUUCAAAACAACAACAAGCGUGGCAGAGACAGAAGUAAAUUGAACAAAUCCCGCAAAGGAAUACAUAAAAUAUACACCAAUAUAUAAAUAUACAUUAAAUAUAUACACCUACACCUAAUUAUAUAUAUAUACAUGCAUACCAGAUAUAUAUAUAUAUAUAUAAAUUCAAGAAAGCGACUAUCUGAAACACCAGGCCGACCUUCGUCUGUCUUAGUCAGAGUCUGAGGAAAUCAUUUCGCUGGCAGCUUAGCCUGUAUUGCUACACUUCUUUAACUAGAGCCCAUGGUCAUUGAUCAUGAUCAUUGGGCCGACAAUCGUUUGUACUCGUAUUAUUUGUGGUGUAGGUAGACGCAGGACAAAGGACGAAGGACCCCGAGAUAGUCUCGGGAUCCCAACUCGUUCCAUUUCGUUGUAAGUCGAUGCAGCUUUAGGUGUAAUGUUGAGUCUUUCCUAGAAGUUUCCCCAGCAUUCCCCGCUAUCGAUCGACUCUAGGCUUUCCAUUUGUGUUUUGUAUGUUAGUGCUGUAUAUUCUAUAAGGAUCUUCUGCGAAAGUUAUAGCCGAUCACAGACAUUUACAUACAUACAUAACUAUUGGUAUACCGGAUCAACUUCUGCUUAAAGAAUACCGGAACAACAAGCAAUGCGUCCUUGUAACAAAAUCAAUUUCAGUCAAUUAGAGAAUUUCCAACACCAGCAGCACAGAGACAUAAAGACAACAACAAGCAACAAGAACAAGAACAUUUUUUAAAUACCAAAAACAAAAAAAAACAAAAAGCGAUUAAGUGAAGACAAAAAACAUUUUCAUUAUUUUUUUACUGCUGCGCCGUCAGAGCGAAGAAAAUAUUGGAUGAGAUCGCAGCAGUAGACGGCGCAGGCGCAAAAGCUUUAAAUUGAACAAAAUAUUAAUAACACGAACAAGGAAAACAAUUUAUAGGAUUCGACAUGUGAGCUCUCUUUUUUAUAUCGAGAACGGAGAAAUGUGUGUAUAAAAAGUAUGCCGUGACGAUUUUUUAAAAAUAAUGUACCCCAUACUUUAAGCUAUACGCAACUUUCGGUCACAAAGUCAAUUGGUGUUCGAAGCCGGGUAGAAAGCCAAAAGUUGAAAAUGAACACGUGGCACAAAAAGACAUAAAGUGUAAUGUAAAAUAGUUUUAAAUUGGCGAAACACCAGAAGACGAUGACGAUGAUGAUGAUUAUGAUGAGGAUUGGGUGUAGGCGGAGUUACGUAGAUACAUAUACGAAUUGCUUUCCGUUUUUCUCUUAUUAUUGACUUACAAACAUAUCAGUUCUUAUUAUGUGUAUGAGUAUAGCAACAACAUCAACAAAUACGAUUACAAUUACGAUAAAGAUUACGAUAAUGAAAUACAAUUUAACUAAUACCUAGCGCUAACGAACGAAUGAACUUUCUGUUUACCAAAACCAAAACCAAGAACAACCACACAGAUGAGUAAGGCAUGCCGCCCACUUGGCCUUUUUGAGAAGCGCAGAGAGAGGCGCAAAGGGGCGCCUGGCACGAUUUACGACUUGUGGGCCUUCUACACUUUGACGUGCUUUUAUACGAUAGCAAUCCUUUUACUCACACGAGACAUUUCUAUCCUCGGUUCUUUUUUAUAGACAUGUGUACAUACACCCCACAGCACACACAUAAAGGACACACACCCAUACACAACCAUAUUUGUACACCCAACACACUCAGCCACAGACACUGGCACACGCAUAUAUACAAUGGAGAUCACAUACAAAAGAACCUUCAUACGAACGAUCACUUGACUAUUUUUGCUAUAAGUAAGAAAUUCCCCCCAGGAAUGUGUCAGUUGGAAGUGGCAGAACUCCUGCUGACAAAACACCUUUACUAUAUUGACAAUAUCUCUUAUAUAUUUUACACUAUACUAUAUGGAAAAUUAUAUAUUAAUAUAUACAAGAAAAUGAGGAAAACCAAAAACCAAAAACAAAUAAUACAUAAUUGAGGCAAGACAAACGGCGUGUGUGGCGUUAAAAUUGUAUUUACAAGAAAUGCGUAACCAAGCAAGAUGAAAUCAUUUUAAUACUUUAUACACAUAAAAGUCAAAGGAAUCUUUAGAGAAGAAAACAGGCGGCAGAUGAAUAUGCAACUACAAGACAGACAACAAGACGAUGAAGAUACAUUUAUAAAAUGCGCCAUAGCAGGGCGCCCAGUUUGUAAGUAUUCUAACUAUGUAAGUAAAGUAAUUAAGGAGCGCAGGACGAGAAUCAAUUAAACAUACAUACUACUGUCUACGAAGCCGCAGAGCCAAGAACUCUGGCCACUUUCAGUGCGAAUACUGUAACACAAAUGAAACCAGACGGAAUGAAUGCCAGAUGCUGGAUGCGAUGGGUUCGCAUGAUUCCAAAUCGGACACAUUGGGUAUGAUGUUGGUAUGGGCCUGAUGAUGAAUGUUGGAUGCGAAAUGCUAGAUGCUAGAUGCGAGUUGCGAAAUGGCCAAUGUGUGUACAUAAGCAUAAACAUAAUAUAAACAACUGGUACAGUACUACACUUACAGCAAACUAUACAAGGUAACAACAUAAUAAUUAAACGCCAGAUUCCGCAAAACAAAGCGACGAAGUCAGAGACACAUACACAUAAAUAGAGGCAUAACGAGAAUUUAAUAAACAAUUUUUCAUUUCUAUAAAGAAAUCCGGUAACGAAUUUGUAUAUUUACUACGAGAAAAUGCAUAAAAACGAGACAAGAAAUAAGAAAAUCCGAAAUGUAUACAGAAAGAUAUAUGUAUUAAAAGGAGGAAAAAACCCCCAAAAGACCGAAGAACAUUAAGCCCGUAAUAUAUGAGAAUAAACCCCAAAAUGAUAUAUACAUAUAUAUACAUAGUUAUAUAACCAAGAACAACAAAUAAACAUAUAGUUAAAUUCAAUAAUGUUAAGCAUUCGAUGGGCAAACAGACAGACAGGCCGGCACGCAUAUUGGUGGUUAAAAAAUUCAAUUAUAUAUAAGGACCCUCGAACCGAAAGAACAGAACUAUGCGGCCACCAACAGCAUCAGCAACAGUAACAGCAACAAAACCAUCAACAACGGCAACAUCCUUAACAACAAAAGCAAGUGCAACAUUUAUUAACGGACGACAAAAGGGCAAAUUGUUGCUCUUUUGCACACACGAAAUUACAUAAGUUUUUAAGAGACCCACACAUACACACCUCACCCAUACACAUUCACAGUCACACUCACAUUCACACAGUCAGCCCGCAAUAUGUAUAUGCAACAAAAGUGCGAACAGCUUUAGCAGCAAAUUAAAACUCACUUUGUUCACAAUGUGCCACGUACAGGGAGGAUAGAAGGAUCGAAGUAUAGAAGAGGUUCUUGGGGAAGUGGAUGGCCACUAUCCCCUCGAUCAGGUUAAGAUCGGCAGUGGAAUGGGCAGAAUCAGCAGCAACAACAGAGAUCAGCAACCGCAUAUUAAACCAAAAUGAACAAACAAGAGGAAAACAAACAAAGAAUUCAGAAGAACAAAAAUGAACUAAAACAUGAACAUGAUUUUAAACAAAAAUUAAAUUAAAUAAUGGCAUAUUAAGUUAAGCUAAUGGUACAUAAGUUUAAAAAACAAACGGCAAGAAACGCUCUAGAGCAGCAAAAAAACAAGAUGAACCGAAAACCAA